AAUGCCUGCCUGACAAUGCUGCAAAUUCCCGGUAAUCAUGAGGAGUAUGCCCCCUUGCCCUCGGAUGUUCUACAGUACGUACAGUCGGUUCUUGGGGCAAGCGACCAGUACGGGCCGACUACGAGCAUAUCAUACACAGCGGUUAAUAUUAUCGGGAGGCCAACAAAUUUCCCAACAUACGGCGAGCACAUUGAUUCGUAUAUGCUAACAACACACGGCAACUGGUGGCGUGAAGCACCGUCGUUCCAUCCCGAGUUCGGCCUGAAGAACGUACCGGAAAGCAAGAAUCCACCGGUGCACGAUUUCCUGGCCGUUGAGUUCGAACAUGCCGUCGUACCCCGGAUAAUUGGCAUCUACGAAACGUUCAAUCCGGGAUCCAUACAGCGCAUCUGGGCGUUCACUUGUACGAAAAGAUGGGUGUUGCUGUGGGAUGAACCGUCCGGUGCGAGCGAUACCAACCCGACCGACUUAACGAGCCGCUUAUUCUAUCCGCAAAUACGAAACAUAAGAUUCCACGUGCGGGUGCUGCGGCUGGAAUUUAAUACUAGCGAGCUCGAUUACUUUCCAGCGCUCGAUGGGAUUUUGAUGGUUGGCUCUCGGUCGUUGAGUUGCGCGAAUGAAACUCUGGCAAGUUUCGCGGCACAUGAAAGCGCGGCCCAGGUUCCUCCGCCUGGCACAAUCAGUUUAAUGCAACUGCCGAACGAAAUAUUGUUCGAAAUAUUUUCUUUCCUGGAUAUACCGUCGCUCAGCGCGGUAGAAAUCGUGUGUCAGAAGUUCAAUGCAGUCGCCCGCGAUUCCCGACUCUAUCGCGAGGUUAACCUCCGACCGUACUGGAUGCAGGUGGACUGUAAGCGCAUCAGGUGGCUAGAAACGCGCUGUACAGGGAUACGCAAACUGGAUCUCUCGUGGUGCGGCAUGUUGACGGAUCUUAACGCCAGGGAUGUUAUAAGACUCCUGAAAGCGUGCGGCGAUACUAUCACGCACCUUCGCUUGGAUGACAUGGGUUUGGAGUUUUCCGAUGACGAAGUUUGCUGCAUUCCCACGCUGUGCCCGAACCUGAGGGAAGUGAGCCUCCGUCAAAUGACUAUGACGUUGAAUCCGGCGCUGCUCCACUUUCGAAAUCUCACACGACUGAACUUAGCUCGCACCACGGUGGACACGGAGUGCCUUGUAGACUUGCUGCCUAGAAACCCGAGCUUGCAGCAUCUCAAUCUAUCUUGCUGCAUGAACGUCACCCCGCAGGCAAUCGCUGCCACCGUCUCGGUGCACAACCGGGAACUGGUUAGCUUGAAUUUGUGGAAAACCGAAUUCAUUUCGCCAUCGGCAAUACGGGCACUGCAGGCGUGCACUAAACUGAAGGAGCUUAACAUCGGCUGGACCACCAAUGGCACCACGAGCCUGGACGGGGCGAUCGGCGAUCUGCUGAAAGGCUGUCCCAACAUGGAGACGCUCUUCCUCACCGGCUUCCGCUGCCUGCAGGAUGCCGACCUGGCCUGCAUCGCCGAGUACGGCCUCCAGCUGGCGCAGCUGGAUAUAAUGGGGUGCAUUAGCGUGACUGGUCCCAUGGUUGAGCGUGUGCUGCAGCAGUGUAACAAGCUGCGCUUUCUCGACUGCGUCCACUGUGAAAUCCCAUCUAUAUACCUGCUACAGUGGAGCAUAUCCUACUUCAAUGUCACCAUCUGCCACGCGGACGACUUCUCGCGCGGCGUCUUUCCGUGGGAUAAUCCACUACGCAACCGUCCCAUGAACUGACCGGCCCAAUAGACGAUAGAAGAUGUGUCCUACAUUGUUACCCAUUCAUUUAUUUAUCGUUGAUUUAAAGUAAUUUAACAUGGAAUUUGAAUUACAAUAAAUUAGAGCAUUUUUUCAGAGAA